UAUUUCUAUACUUGUUGCAAUAUAUAUUUUUAUUACAUUACCAUAUUUAAUUCAAUAACGUAACAACUAAUAUCAAACUUCUGUUUUUACGGUAAUCAGGUAAUUUUCUUUUUUAUUGGACAAUACUCACAAAUGUAUCAAGUGAUUCAAUGGUUAUGAGCCAGUUCAGAAGUUAAUUAAAAUCGAGGAUAAUUAGACUAUCGGUAUUUUUAUGUCACCUGAAUUUUCAAAUAGUAGUUAUCUCAAAACUUUAAAUUUUGACUUGUUACUGUAUGGUACUGGGGUAUCGAUAUGAGCACUUAUAUCCCUCUGCCUCCAAACGUCACCGUUCAUAAUAAUUUAGACAGUUAAACUGUGUGUUUACUCCCGUAUAAAUGCGUAUUAUUGAUGAUUUUCAGUGUAUUAAUUAGUCAAUAUUAGUGAUUAGUUUAAUGGACGUAAAUAGCCAAAUGAAUAUGGAACAUUUUGAUGAAGAUGAAUCUCUUGACGAUAGUGAUCUAGAUCGUGAUUAUGUCCCAGAAGAUGUACGGACUUCUACAUCUGAAGCUGAAGCAGACGUCGGCAACCAGCAGAUGAACAGAAGCAGAAAAAGGAUCAGAAAUGAAUCUUCUUGGGCACGGAACAAAGCAAAGAAGUGCAGGAAUAGUGGCGGCGAAUAUAUUGGUCAUAGGAAAGUGUUUAAGGAGUCUAAAAGCGUUCAACAGCUAGCAGGCCAUCGAUAUGAUUGUAGUAGUUUUUCGGAUGAAGACCAUCAACAAAUCUUUCAAGACUAUUGGAAUUUGGGUUCAUGGAAUCUACAAACGGCAUUUUUAAAUUCCUUUAUGCAAACAGGUUAGCGUCAAAAUAAAACUACAGGGUAAAAGAGUUUGCAAACUAUUUGUGUUAAAAACUUUGAACAUAAGCCAAAAAAGGUAUGACAAUGUUUUAAAGAACAGAAAACCUUCAGGUGUAGCUCCAACUGACCAACGUGGUAGACACAUACCAGCAAAUAAGAUUUCAGAACAUGAUAUUGGAGUAAUAAAGGCCCAUAUUCGGUCAUUCCCGAAAUAUUCAAGCCAUUAUUCACGAAACAAAAAUCCACAGACAAAAUAUCUCUCAGGCGAACUGAAUAUUCACAAAAUGUAUACACUUUUUUUGGAGUUUUGCCAUGAAAAUAGUAUUCAACAUACUGUUAAGGAGAGUUUUUAUAGAUUCAUUUUUACAACGCAAUUCAAUCUCAGUUUUAAACGGCCUCACACUGAUACGUGUACAACAUGCGAUGCACUUGAAAACAAAAUAAAUAACGAUCCUAAUGCCGAGGUGGUGAAAAAUAGUAAAAUCCAGAAAGAUGUUCAUUUACGUAAAGCGGAGAAAGCUAGAUCAGAAAAAGAUGAUGCCAAGAAACUUGCCAAGGAUAACGCAACUACUGUAAAAGCAAUAUGUUUCGAUCUUGAAAAAACUCUCCCCACACCUGUACUAACCUGCAGUAAAGUUUACUAUCUCAGGCAACUGUGGACGUACAAUUUUGCAGUGCAUGAUCUUGCUAAUAAUCAAGCCUCAAUGUUUAUGUGGCACGAAGGUGAGGCAUCGAGGGGAUCCCAAGAAAUCGGGUCGUGCCUAAUUAGGUAUGUUCAACAACUACCUAAUUCAAUAGAACAUCUUAUAGCAUUUAGCGAUAACGCAGGCGGCCAAAACAAAAAUAACAACAUUAUUAAAUUUUGCAGGCAUAUUGUUCAGACAACAUCUAUUCAGAGAAUAGACCAUAAAUUUUUGAUUUCUGGGCACUCUUACAUGGAAUGCGAUCAACACUUCGGGAUUAUUGAAAAGUCCAAAAAGAAAAACCAAUAUAUUUUUGUUCCGGAUGACUGGUUCAACGUAGUGGCUCAUGCAAGCCGGAAGUUUACAGUUGUAAGAAUGGCCAUUGAAAGCUUUAUGUCAGUUCAACCUAUGAAAAAAAGCAUAAAGGACUCUAUUCGAGGGUUACGCAAUGUUCAAUGGUUCCGACUGGAGAAAGAUAAACCGGAUACUCUUUUAUACAAGAACAACUUUGAGGACAUGGACUUUGUUGAAUUUGAUCUAAGAAAGCAGAAAAAGGGCCGUCCAAAUGCUCAUUAUGAACUUAGCUUAUUGUACCCUACACCACCACUUAUAAAGACAGCAAAAUAUGAAAACCUUCAACAACUUCUUCCUUUUAUACCACCCAUCUACCAUAACUUUUAUACAACACUAAAGCACCAAGGAAAUGCUACUACAAAAAAUAUUGCUUCAACGACAAUAAACGGAAACAGGAAAAUACAAGAUACAGAUACCAGGCGAGGACGUACAGUCGCAGAAAAUUCUGAAGAUAUUGCUACUGAGUGGGAGUCCGAUGAUGAGUAAAAAUAACCAAACAUUUUUUCAUUGAAACCUUUGUAUACUCUACCUGUAAUAAUCAAUAAAACUAUUAGUUUGGAUCUUAAAUGUUUUUCCUGUGGCCCUUUUCCAAAAUCACUUGGAUAAGGUAAACAAAAUGCUAAAAAAAGUCUUAUCAUUAAGUACAAAAGAGAUGUAAGUUACAUAUUCGGAUGCAAAGGGGUGUAAGUAGUAACGUCCCUUUACUUUACUCCCUGUAUUUUUAGUACUAAUGAAUAAAUUGAAAUAUUUCAAAAGUUUAAAAACAGUUAAUAAGAUACAUCAGAAAAGUAAAAAAAAUAUUUUUCUAAUUUUCGGUAGUCCUUGAUUUUUCUGUAAGACUUUAACUUUGAGAGCCUUUUUCUCGACAUCGCUAAAUUUGCACUUACAUCCCUUUGCUUCUUACCGCCUCAAUUUAUAAAUCAUCUACUUCCGGUCUAACCGGAAGUGAUAUAGUAACAACACUAACUUCAUAAAGUAAACUUUUUUGUCCUGUAUCGAUGUGCCAAA